AUGUCUUCAUCAUUCACCGAUACAACGCCAUCAACAUCAACAUCGACAUCUACAUCGACAUCGACAUCAUCAUCAUUGUCACUCAAUGUACAAACAACGACGACGACGAGCAACACUGAAACAGUGGCACCUGAACACGACCAUGGUAGAACGAUAGUAUUGGUUGUGCACUACCAAGAUGACUUGACCAAAAUCACCUUUGGCAAUGUGCACGAUUGCGAUGACCUGUUACGACACAUCAGGGACGACUUUUUUCUUCGCGUACCUCCAUUUGCACUGCGACUCUAUGUCGAUCCACCCUCUGACAAUAACAAUGUCCAUCGUGUCCCCUUGGACCCAUUGUCUGCCAUCACACUAAAUAAUGGUGAUAAUAUUUAUGUUGAAUUAUCAUCUCAAUACCAUGAUUCUUUAUGUAGAGAAUUGGAACAUGGAGAUGUUGGACUAAAUGAUCAUUCAUCAUUGGAUGAAGUAGAUGUAUUUAAGAAAUUAAAACGACUUGAAGAUGAAAAUGCACAUUUAAAAUUAACAAUUAAUAAUAUUAAUUUUAAUAAUAAUCAAAAUAAUCAAAAUAAUCAAAAUAAUCAAAAUAAUCAAAAUAAUCAUAAUAUUAAUAAUGAACCAUUACAAUUACAUCCACCGCCACCUCAAAUACAACAACAACAAAAUAAUAAUACUUUGUUGGCAAAAUCUAGUAGUAGAAAUAAUACUAAAAAUAAUAAUAAUAAUAAUAAUCCGAUCAUUAAAAAUAAUCCGACCAGUACAACGACGACUAGUACAACUACUACUACUUCAACAUCAAAUAUUGGAAGUAGUAGUAGUAGUGGUACUAAAUGGGAAUUUAAUAAUCAAAAUAAUAAUAACCAAAAUCAAAUUCAUGAAUCACCAUUAAUAUCACCGUGUCAUUUUAAAGGAUGUACAUGCCCAGAUUUUCAUAGAGUAACUUAUAGAAAAGCAUGUGGUGUUAGGUAUUGUAGUCAUUCCAAGGAACAUCAUUUUCCGCACUUUACCUCAUCUCCACCACCUCCACCUCCACAGUCACCAGCCAUUUUCAAAUAUAUCCCAACAAAACAAUUGUCUGCGUCGUCGGUUCCAUUUACACCAUCCACCACCACAUCCAAUUCAACUACACAAUAUCCUUAUUAUAAUCCAUCAUCACUAACUUUUAUGGAUCAGUGGUGUAUAUCUCUCUCCCUCUCUCCUUUGGUUGUAAAUGUCGAUUGA